CCCUCCCUCCCUCCCACAGCAAACACAUAAUAAACAUGUAUAUAUUUGUCAAUCUUCUACGUUGAACUUUCUUCACACUCUCUCUUGUAUAUGCUAGUCCCGGAUCACCUACCUAGCUCUCGCCCCUGAUGGUGAUAAUUUUCAUUAUAUAUAUAUAUAUGUGUGUGUGUGUAUGUAUAUCUUCUCAACAACCACUUCGACUCACCAACUAAUUCCAGAACCAGAUGCUAAUAAUUACACUGUGAAUGGGUGCACAGAGCUUCACAACCUCCAUAACCACCAGGCCAAGUGCUCCUAUCUCAGGGCCAGCGGCUGCCGUCCCCCAGCAGAAGCCGUCAUAUCCUGUAUCCGCCUCUUCUAUUGCUCUUCCCCUCUUUUUCUUCUGGGCCUCCCCCUUCUCCUCUGGCUCCUCGUCCUCUUCUACCUCCUCGCCGACACUGCUUCCACUUACUUCUCCUCUUCCCUGCAAAGCAUGUCCAGAGCCCUGAAACUUUCUCCGGCCAUAGCAGGCCUCACUCUCCUUUCUCUUGGAAAUGGCGCGCCCGAUCUCUUCUCCGGCAUCGCCUCUUUCAUGGGAGACGGAGACGGCAACACCAAACUCGUUGGCCUCAGCACCAUUCUGGGCGGUGCCCUCUUUGUGUCUACUUCUGUGGUUGGCAUCAUAAGCAUUUCCAUCCGCCAUAGCCGUAUACAGAUAGAUAAAUCCAGUUUCAUCAGGAACAUCCUCGUCUUCCUUUUGUGUCUACUUGGGAUUCUAAUAUCCGGGAAGGUCAACCCAUGGGGCGCAAGUUUCCUCACACUGUACCCUCUAUACGUGUUCAUGGCCUCCACCACACAGGCUUGUAGAUCUCAAUCUCCAGAAGAGGACAAUCCAGCGUUAGGAGAACUGUCAAUUAAAGAUGAAAUAUGCUGCAAAUACACCAAGCAAAAAUGUGAACCGGAAGGCAGAAAAUGGAGCUUGUUUGAAAAACUCGUAUGGAUCCUAGAGCUGCCACUUUCAUUGCCAAGAAGGCUAACAAUUCCAGUAGUUUCAGAGGAGAGAUGGAGCAAGCCAUUUGCAGUGGCUUCAGCCACCAUGGCCCCUGUUUCACAGGCAGCGAUUUGGAGCUCCGGCGCCGGGGUUGGAGUCGGUGGGCUGGUGGGAAUAAGCCUUGGAGUUUUGGCAUUUUUCACCAGAGAGAGGUGUCACCCACCAAGAAAGAGCUGUUUGUUGCUGGGUUGGCUUGGGGGAGGGUUUGUGAUGAGCAUUACUGUUGUAGCCCAAGAACUGGUGGCUCUCUUGGUCUCACUAGGCCGUAUAUUUGGACUCAGCCCAUCAAUUCUAGGGCUCACUGUGCUGGUUUGGGGGAACUCUCUGGGGGAUUUGGUGGCCAACUUGUCAAUGGCAAGGGAGGGUGGGGCAGAUGGGGUUGAGGUUGCAAUAUCUGGGUGCUAUGGAGGGCCCAUUUUCAACACUGUGGUGGGUUUAGGGCUCUCACUUGCUCUGGGAUCAUAG